AUGGCCACCCAGCGUCAAUACUAUCAGCCCGCCGUCGCUCUCCCCAUCAACGUGCCAUCGAAAGCUCCUGCGCCGGCGAAUUACUAUCCCGUCACCCGUGUUGCAGUUUCGCCUCCCGAACUCUCCGACAGCAGCACGACUGCGGGCAGUCGCACCUCGGGGUUCAGCGGCACGUCGAGCAGUUAUGCCGGCAGCGUCGGUGGCGACUAUGAGUCCAGCUCCGCUUCUGGAGUCGACGUGGUUGACAUGUUGAACGAUCGAAUGAACGAUGCAUUCGAUCCGACGCCGCUGGACCGAGGACUGGCGAUGCAGGCGCAAGCUUCCGGUCAACUCAACGCCAAACAGCGCGAGCUGCUCGAACUGCAGGCUCUCGCUCAACGCCGACUCAAGGGCGUUCGCGCUAACUUUGCCGAGGGUCUCAAGGCGGCAAAGGAGACAAAACGGGACUUGGAAUGGACUCAGAAGCGCGUCAGCAAUGGUCCAGAUGGCUGUCUCGUGACACUUUUUCCACCUCCGCCGCCGCUGUCGGUGCCCACAGGAAUCCGUGACAGCUGCCCGUGGGCGGCUUCCCUUCCCCUCUCCCCUCCCUCCUCCCCCUCUUCUUUCCCCCGUGAUCUUGCCGCGCCUCUAUCACACGAUUCACAUCCGUAUCACACCUCUUCCCUCCAGUCCAGUCACAGUCGAACCAACACCCCUGCUUGUCUUCGUGAAGGGGUGAUCACACGCUAUUUAAGCGCCAACGGCGCCUGUCACGCUGCCCUUCGAGUCGUCACCUUGCCAGAUUCGGUAAUCAGGAGGGUCCUGCCCCAGGUGGGCAUCCAAGGACAUGACUAA